UCCAGCCCACGUCGAUCAACGAACCUCAAACCCUCGCGCUCAGCACCAUGAACGUUCCGUCUGCUGGGAGGAAUGCUCUCCCCGCUUCUCCGCAGUCUCUUCCCUCGAAGCGACUCGAGAUCAUCCGAGCCAGCUGUGAUAAUUGCGCCAAGUCCAAGGUUCGCUGCAGCAAGGAGCAGCCGCGGUGCCAGCGCUGCGUCUAUCAAGGCGUCAACUGCAUCUACAGCCCGUCGCAGCGCGCGCGGAAGCGGCCGCUGGACGCAUUCCACGCGCGGUCACGGCGGUGUGACACCUCAAAUGGCCCCAGGAAUGCUGUUGCGACGGGAGACACGGCGUUCGACGCGGAUCCAAUCGAGCACAUCACCGUCUUUAAAGACGGCAAAGCAUCGACAGACCCCGAUCCCUAUGUCUUUCCCAACUCGAACAUGUUUCACACGGAUGUCGAUAGUUUGUUGAACUGGGACGAUUCGGUCGCGACGCUGGACGAGCAGCCGCCCUCCCACGAAGACGCCUCGGGCAUGCUGGAGUCUCUGGAAAUGCCCUCGAUGCCACGACCACCCGACCUGCAUCGCACCUUGGACGAUCCGGAUUCCCAAUUCUCCUGGUUAUUCCGCAACGAGAAGGACACGCCGCCGCUGUCGCAGGGCCUGAUGGCCGGGGCCGCCAGUUACAGUCCCAGAGCUCAUCACCACUGCACUGAACUGGCCAUUUCCACCAUCCAGAAACUCGACGUGCCCAUGGCCUCCCCGUGUCCCUCGUUGAGUAGCCCCGGCACUCCCACCCCAGUCUCCAUGGCGAGCUGUGGGUCCGAAUCGCUGAGUUUCGACACUAUUCUCCAAGAUAACCACGCGGCACUAGACAAUCUCCUCACCAUCCUCCACUGCUCGUGCGCUGGCAAGUACGACCUCGUGUUCCUGAUCACGAUGGUGUGUUCACAGAUCUUGUGCUGGUACCAAGCGAGCUUGGACCGCAGCGCCAGCAACAACUGUAGUACUGGCAGCAGCAGCAGCAUCAGCGGCAGUAAAGGCAGCUCGACCCACUCGCGUGGACCCUCAGCUGGAACCACCUCCCUGCGCGAUACGUCCCCGUCCCCCUUCGAGAGAGUGUCUAUCCCCUCGAUCCGGAUCGGCACGUAUACGCUCGACCACGAACAUUCGGACCGCAUGGUAGCGCAGUUGAUUCUGACCGAGCUGCUGAGGAUGAAAGAGGUCGUGGAAGUGUUUAGUCGCACUUUCUGUUACCGCGGGGACUACACGAAAAAGUACACGGCGCAGGGCGCAGUCGGUGAGGAUAGUAGAAGCCAUCUGCACCAGGCUCUGGAGGCAUUCCUGCGCAGUCGACUAAAGACGGCGGUUCGGACCGCCUAUGAAAGAUUAAAUCAGCGAUGACCAUCAGUUCAUUUCUUCGUUGCCUACUGGUUCUAUCGUGUACAUAGAUAGAUAGAUCCUUCUUGGAACCACUCGCAAGCGAGACUUAUGUUUUAGCCGAUUAGGCUGAGACUGUCCGGAGGUAACGACGGACCCUAUUUAUAUAUAUUCAUGUAAUUGGUUAGCGAGCGGUGGCCACCCCGUCUCUA